AUGUCUUGCGUUUGCGAGAGCAGCGAAGCGAAUAUCCGACGUGGUCAGCAAUAUGAGCCAGAAUACCCGAAAAGCAUCACGGUCGCGGUUUGGUUGUCGCACAUGUCGGGCCCGCAAGGUGAGAUCUCACCUGUUGUUCUCACUGGAUUCGUUAUCCUCAUCUCAUUUGGAAUAUUUAGGUCAAAUGCGAUGAGCGGCCCGGGGAGUGUGGAAACUGCGCACGACUGCGCCUGGUGUGUUCUGGCUACUCAACAACCCCACACGCAUCGCAUGCCCAAGAACCCCUGA